AUGGGUUACGAGCAGCAGCUGCAGCGGGAGCUCCGGGAGCAGCUGGAGCGGGAGCUGCAGGACUUCCACCUCGAACACCUCGAAGCCGAAGCCGCACCGGACGGAGAAGCCUUGGACGACCCGGGAGAAGCGGCAGGAGAUGCGACGCAGACGCGGGACCCGUUUCGCGGGCGUCCGGACGCCUCGGUGCCUUCCGCGGGCCUGGUGGAGGCAAGGUUAGAGCCCCAGCUUCGCUUCGCGUCUGACGCGUUCGUUUCCCCGCUCGUCAGGCAGCGGCAGCAGCUGGCAAAUCUGGAGGCUCUGCUGAAUGGCGAAGACUUGGCAGGCGAGGACCUGCCGGAUCUGAGCCAUCUGAGCAGCGCCCAGUUGGAGCGCCUGGAGGCAGAGCUCAGCAGGGGCUUAACGCAGCCAUCCCGGGAUCCAGGGCAAAUUGAAGCCGAAGCUUCACCUCCACCGCCGGAGGCAGCUUCACUGAACAAAGUCUGUUUCGUUUUUUUCUUCGGCCGAGAGCCUCGCAUUUCGCUCCUCUCGUUCCAAUCCCUCUUCCUCGCCAUGAUGCGAUUCGCGGCGAUUUCGGCGGCGCUGCUUCGCGUGGUUGGCGCGCAGCUGCUGCCGGAGGCGCCCGUGGAUUUUGAAGAGCUGCAGCGCCUGAUGCACGAGGAAGGCUUGGCGGACGGCGAUGCGCCGGUGCCCAGCAACCUCUCAAGCCCCAGCUUGUGCGACAGCAGCGUGAAGCAGCACGCGGGGUACCUGGACGUUGCGGCUGGCACCAAGUACUUCUUCUGGAUGUUCGAGAGCCGUUCCAAGCCCUCCAGCGACCCCCUGGUGCUUUGGCUCACCGGCGGCCCGGGCUGCUCCUCCCAGCUUGCCCUCCUCGCGGAGAACGGGCCCUGCAACAUGGCCAAGAACGGCACGGGCACGCAGAAGAACGUCCACAGCUGGACUUCCAACGCCAACGUGAUCUGGGUGGAUCAGCCCGCUGCCACCGGCUUCUCCACCGGUCUGCCCUUGGUCCACAGCGAGGACGGCGUGGCAGGAAACAUGUACAACUUCAUGCAGGAGUUCUACAAGGCUUUGCCGCAGUACAAGGGCUUGGAGUUCUUCAUCUUCGGCGAGUCCUACGCGGGGCACUACGUGCCGGCGGUGAGUCACUACAUCUGGCAGCAGAAUCAGAAGGCCAGCGGCUUCAAGAUCCCUUUGAAGGGCGUGGGCAUCGGCAACGGGCUCACAGACCCCCAGGUGCAGUACAGCUGGUACCCGGACAUGGCCUACGACGGCGGGAAGUCCGAGGGCGGCACCCUCGAGAAAGGCGUCAUCGGGCGGGUGGGCACUUUGGCGAUGAAGGCAGCCUCGGUGCCCUGCGUGAAGCAGAUCGCGUCCUGCAAUGCCGGGGACGACAACGCCUGCACCACCGCCUACGCGCUGUGCAACUACGGGGAGCUGAUCCCGUACCAGCUGACAGGGCACAACCCCUACGACAUGCGCAUCAAGUGCGAGAAACCGCCUUUGUGCUACGACUUCGGCUCGGUGGAGACGUACCUGAACGACCCCAACACGCAGAAGCAGCUGGGGGUGAACAAGAAGUGGGGCAGCUGCAACCGCAUUGUGAAUUUGGCCUUCCAGCACGACUGGAUGAAGAACUACCAGAACAAGAUCCCGGACUUGCUGUCCGCUGGCCUCCGGGUGCUCAUCUACGCCGGUGAUGUGGACUACAUCUGCAACUGGCUGGGCAACAAGAAGUGGGCCUUGGCCAUGGAUUGGCCCCACAAGGACGCCUUCAAUGCGGCAGAGGACAAGGCCUACACGGUGGAGGGCAAGGCCGCGGGGCGGCUGCGCUCGGCGGAGGGCUUUCACUUCAUGCAGGUGUACCAGGCCGGACACAUGGUGCCAAUGGACCAGCCCGCCGUGGCGCAGCAGAUGCUCAACGACUUCCUGCAGGGCAAGUUCGACCAGAAGGAGGCCAUUGUCGUCUGA